AGGCACAGCAUCCAUCCUCAUGGGCUCACACGCUGCGUGAUCCACAUCACAAACCGAGAGCGGACGCUUUGCCCAGCCGAUGGAGUAGUAGUAGCGGUAGUAGCGUGGGUGCAGUUCACGGCUUCCCCCUUUCCCCCCCACCCACAUUCUUCACCUUCUUCUUUAAUGGAGUCACAUUUUAUGUGGAAUAUUUCUCCAUCUCAUCGCGAGUGACCCUGCAGUGAAUCCUGAGAACGUUAGUCUCCCGACAGGAGACAAGAUGGCGUCUAACAACACCCUGCGCAGCUACUCCAUCAUCCCAUGUUUCAUCUUUGUAGAGCUCGUCAUCAUGUCCGGCACGGUCCUGUUGGCCUACUACAUGGAGUGCACGGACCUGUUCAGCGUCCACGUGCAGGGUUUCUUCUGUAAUGAUGCUGACCUGAUGAAGCCGUACCCUGGCACGGAGGAGUCCAGCUUUGUCCCUCCUCUCAUCCUGUACUGUGUGGUGGCCGCUGCUCCGACGGCUAUAAUUUUUAUCGGAGAGGUGUCCAUGUACAUGAUGAAAUCAACGAGGGAAGCUCUGUUGGCCCAGGAGAAAACAAUAGUGACAGGAGACUGUUGUUACCUCAACCCCCUCAUCCGCCGCAUCAUACGCUUCAUAGGUGUGUUUGCAUUCGGUCUGUUUGCUACAGACAUCUUCGUCAAUGCAGGCCAGGUGGUGACUGGAGGUCUCUCGCCCUACUUCCUGUCUGUUUGCAAGCCCAACUACACUGGCACCGAGUGUCGCUUUAAUCACCAGUUUAUCGUCAACGGCAACAUCUGCACCGGGAACCACGUGGUGGUGGAGAAGGCUCGGCGGUCGUUCCCAUCUAAGGACGCUUCGCUGAGCGUUUACUCUGCCGUUUACCUGACGAUGUACAUCACCAGUACAAUCAAGACCAAGUCCAGCCGCUUGGCCAAACCAGUGCUCUGUUUGGGUACACUCUGCUCCGCCUUCCUCACCGGCCUCAACAGAGUUUCAGAGUAUCGAAACCACUGUUCAGAUGUAGUGGCUGGAUUUAUACUGGGAUCAGCUAUUGCAUUGUUUCUGGGUAUAUGUGUGGUGAAUAACUUCAAAGGUGUCCACAGUGCAGCGGCAAAACAGAAGACUGAGGAGUACCGCGGUCUGCCUCUGAUGACUUUCCCCCGUGUGGAGAGCCCACUGGAGACCCUGAGCGCACAGAAUUCCCUCAAGGCCUGCAGCUUAAAGCAAAUUCCUCCCCUCAGAUAAGGAAUUCUGUAAUUCUGGAACUUGGUGUCACUGUAAUUUAUUGCCAUGUACUUUUUUUCUACUUUUUCAUGCCCUUUUUGGAAGGUCCAAGUGAGGGUGGUGCAUAAAUCCAAAGAUAAUUUUCUGUUAUCAAUAAGUUAUUUGGUUAAAAAUGUACUCUCCUUCUUUCUUUCUAUAUCCUUUCUUUCUUUCUUUCUUUCUUUGUUCACUAAGCAAUGACACGUGGCAGGCUUGACGUUUGCACUUCACCCCUUUCCUCCUAACCAAAUGCACAGAAACUUAACACAGAGCACUCUUGGCACCAGCUGACACGUGAUUUCCUCUUCCUUUUCAUUUCCACGCUUUCUGUUUCCAUCCACUUCAUUUCUUUCUUUGUCUUUCUCUACCCCUGUCCCUUUUUUCCCCUCCAUACUCCCUCCAACAUCCAUUUUCAGAACCACUCGGCAUCGAUGACAGAGGUCACAUGACUAAGGGGGCAGCACCGGGUCACGUUUGCGUCUCCACAGCACUUCCAGACACAAUGACGAGGACGCAUGUCACGUGGCUCCGAAUGCUUACAAAAACCACUCCUGAUAUAUCUGUUUAAAUCACCUGGGGGACAAAAUACACCAUGUUUGCAGUGGUUUUCAUUUAGUUGGGCUAUGCUCAGUUCAACCUCCCAAGGCACACAGAUCAGGCAACAAUAUCACAAAUCGCAACAUAAGCACAGAUUGUUUUUCCAGGUUAUUUGAGAUCAUUGAAACAUGGGACAUUUUUUUCCUCCAAGGUGUGCUGUUUGUAGUUAGAGGACGGUGUUUUGUACAUUUUGUAUGAGCGAGUGCCGUAGCCUAUCCUAACGAUGUUAAAACCUGCACACUUCCUGUCAGCUGGCUCACUCUGUUUUACAUCACAUCCUGCCGGGUGAAAUGCCUUGUCAAUCACCACAUGUACCCCACUCGGUUAGAAAAAUCUGCUAUGGAAAAAAAAAUAUUGAUGUUGUUGUUCUGUGGUGUUUGUCAUUUGUACAGAAAAAAGACAGAAUCCUUCUUUUUAUUAUCUCUGUACAUUAACUGACCAUGUCAGGUCAUAUUUUUUAUGGAUUUUUGUUAAUAUGUAUGACUAUUAUGAUCCAUUUGGACCUGUUUGCCUGCUGUAAACCUGGAUAUGUUUUGGUAUCAGUUGUUUGGGGAACAACUCCUCUCCCCUUAGGAGGAAAUGGCAAGGAUGAGUCACUGAAAUGCUCAGAAAAUGUGUUUUUGCACCUGUAGUGACAUGUCAUCAGGCUAAAUAUACAAAAAUCUGAUUGGCUUAAAUGCAUGGUAUCAGUGUGCUUCACCCCAAUUUGCAGAUUUACUUUGAUGUUAACAGGAAGCUCUCUAUGGAGAGAUCCAGAGGAGCUAGCCCAUGCCAGAUCCGUGUAUAGACUAUGCUGGUAUGGUUUUCCAAUUAUAUUUACUGAAAUUCCAAUGGAAGACAUCCCUAAUAAGUACAUGGCGAAAAAUAUAAGAGAUUCUUUUCAAGUGAAACUGAGUAAUUUACUUGAGGCCUGGUUAGUCCUCCUCACUGAAAACCAGGCUAAUGACUCCUGCUUCACUUUUCCUCCUCGAGGUACCCCUCCCUCUCCCCAACCCACCAGUGGAUUGUGAUGCAAUGUUGUGAUUCCAUUUCCUAUUGGAAGAUAUGCCCAGCAUGAAGAGAGAAGUCAAGAUGUUUUAUAGAUAUUACUCAUUAUCAUUGUGAUUACAAUUGUCUUUUACUUUGAGAACAAAAAAAGGCAUUUCAGCUGAAAUGCUACAUAUAUUUUCUUUCUU